AUGGGAAGCGUUUCCACCACACCCCCGGCAUAUAUUCUCCGAGAUCACCGCCCAGGAGAUAUUGGAUGGAUCAUUCACCGCCACGGAGUGUUAUACAACAAAGAGUACGGAUGGGGCGAGCGUUUUGAGGGCAUCGUUGCUGGAAUUGCCGGGGAAUUCCUCAAGAACUACGACCCCAAAUUAGAGCGUUGCUGGAUCGCUGAACGAGAUGGCGAAUUCCUCGGGUGCAUCAUGCUUGUGAACGACGCAUCCCCAGCAAAAAAUGCAGCCAAAAUUCGUCUAUUCUUGGUUGAGCCGAGUGCACGCGGUCUUGGGCUGGGUCGUGCACUGGUACGGCAAUGUACGAAGUUUGCUAGGGAAGUCGGCUAUUCUCAUAUUGGACUGUGGACUCAGAGUACAUUAGUUUCGGCACGGCACAUUUACGGAAGUGAAGGAUUCGUGCAUGUUGCGUCGGAAGAGCAUGAUUCUUUUGGAAUCAAGAUGACUGGGGAACUUUGGGAGUUGGAGUUAUAA